AACACAUCUCCACUCUACUCUCAAUUGAAAGGUAAGUUUCAUUACAAUAUGCCCUGAAACGUGCAAUCUUUGACGCGAUGUUCAUGGACCACUCCGUAAUGAGGGAGACGAGCCAUAUGGCGCACGGUCGUAUGGACUCCGUACAAUUUGGCACUCCUAGCAUCCAGGAUUUUCAAAAACACAUGGAAGAAAUCAAAAGCCCGCUGAAGAAAUUUCUCAGUCUGGUCGUCGACAGCGAAAUCGAUUCUUGGGAGAGAUGGACAGAGUUGGAGUUGCAAGGCAUCAAAACUGAAUUCUCACAUUUCAUGGGAGAGAUGGAGAGAGUUGCAAGUCAUUAAAAAUCAUUUGUUCUUUUAGAUUAUCUUGUUAAUUUCUGUUGACAUUUGUUGAACAAAUCUUAUUUAUAUUA